AGGUACAAACACCGACCCGUCCCCUUCUUUCCCUCCCCCACCGCCGGCCGUCGCCUGCUCGCCACCGGAGGCACGCGGCCGCCGCGCAGUUCGCCGGGGAAAAGAUCUGUUUAGCGAACUUAAGCUGGUGGAGAUUUGGCGAGUCACGCGUCAAAUUUACGUACCGCAUACCGAUGGACAACUCUCAGAGUCAGCCAUUACCUCCUGGUGUUGGAGCAUGGCAGCCGCCACCUUCAAAUCAUCCUCCACAGUUGCAGCAUCCUCCACAAUUUCAGCAUCACCCACAAUUUCAGCAUCCUUCACAAUUUCAACCUACUCCACGCCCACAUGCUUAUCCAACACCAUAUGACACCAGACCCAAUGGCGGUAACAAUCAAAAUGGAGCAAACAUGUACUAUGCAACACAACCUUUUCAUCCUAGCCCACAUCCACAUGCUUAUCCAACACCAUACGGCACCAGACCCAAUAAUGGCAGCAAUCAAAAUACAGCAGGCCCCUUCUAUGCCACACAGCCUAUCAUGCCUUUCGCUCCCGCUCAAAGUACUCCUAGUGUUACCGCAGAAGCUGGGAAUGGGCAACCAGAUCUCAAGGGCCAUCAGAGUGCUCAUGGGGUUGCCAACCAUAAUGGAAGUGCAGCAAACAUCGAAUCUGCUGUCCAAGAGGCUAUUCUUCACGAACAGGACAUUGAGACGCAGCAAGUAAUACAAAAUCAAAGGCAAGCAAAAUCAACAAACGACCCGGCAGAAUAUGGGGAAGACAUACUUUCGACCCGGCGCGACCCUAAUGCACUGAAGGAACACUUGCUGAAGAUGACGGUUGACCAUCGCGCAGAGAUGGCAAAUAAAAGGGGAAAGUCACUUCAUCCAGAUAAUGGCAAUGUUGAAAUUGGCAAUGGCUAUGGUGUACCAGGAGGUGGUGCUUAUUAUGCUGGAAAUUUGUCAAGUGCUCAAAUGAAUAAACCAAAAGAUGAUGCUGAGAAAGCGAAAGGUGAUGACGGUCUUCCCGAGUUUCUGAAGCAGAGGUUAAAAGCAAGGGGAAUUCUUAAAGACAAGGAAACAAAUGAUAACAGCAUGGCUAAACAAAAUGCAGAUCCUCAAGAAGGCCACAACAAAUCUGCCCAAGAGUUACCUCCUGGUUGGGCUGAGACGAAGGAUCCAACGACUGGUGCUUCUUAUUUCUACAACCAAAGCACCGGAGUGACCCAAUGGGAUCGUCCUGGUGGUACCGUGAAUACCGUGCAGCAUCAAGCUGCUCCAUCAUUGCCAGAAAAUUGGGAGGAGGCACUUGACAAAUCAACAGGCCAGAAAUACUACUAUAACACAAAGACACAGGCAACACAAUGGGAGCCACCUACUUCUGUGAACCCAGUUAUUGUGCCACAAGCAUCCACCAUUGUUGCAGUUCAGCCGAUCACUCAAAAUACUGAUCUUUGGAACCCUCAGAUACAAAGAUGUUCAGGCUGUGGUGGCUGGGGAGUCGGUCUUGUCCAGCCGUGGGGAUAUUGCAAUCACUGCACAAGGGUUCAAAAUCUGCCUUUUCAACAGUAUCCGUCUUACUCGAACAAUAUCGUGCCCUCAAGUGGCACCAAUGCUCCCAAAAGUCAAGGAAACAUUGCAGCUAAGGACAGAUCAAAUUCAAAACCCCCUUCAGGUAAAGCAAACAAAAAAGAUAACCGAAAAAGAGGUCGCGCUGAGGAGGAUGAGCUUGACCCAAUGGAUCCAAGCUCCUACUCAGAUGCUCCACGGGGUGGCUGGGUUGUUGGCCUGAAAGGCGUACAGCCACGAGCAGCGGAUACAACUGCAUCUGGACCUCUGUUCCAACAAAGACCGUAUCCCUCACCCGGCGCCGUGUUGAGGAAAAAUGCGGAGGCGGCAUCCAGCGGCAGCAAGAAACGCGGUGGUAUGGCUGCGAUCAGCAAAAGAGGGGAUGGCAGUGACGGGCUCGGGGAGGCAGAUUAAGCUUCUCAGCGAGGUUUCUCCGCAUCGAGUAGAUCCCGGUGGCUUUCACUCCUUUUGGAAGUUGUUGAAACUUUGGCCGACUGGUAGCUUACAAGCUAGAAAGAGGCAGAUUAUCAGCUGUAAAUUAUUACCAGGAGCAAGUCCAGUGUCGGAGAGGAGAGGCUAGUGCAGUGUGAGGUCACCUGAGAAGGUUUGCGCCUUAUCAGCCGAUAAAACUAAUAUCACGAGGGAGUUCACUGCUGUUCAGGCUACCGCAAUGUGAGCUCAGUAGUUCACUGUGGUUGUUGCCUACAGUACAAAAAAGUGUGGCCAUGGUAUGACAUGCUUGAGUUCUGUGAGAUUGGUAAUGGAAACUGUAAGGUGAUUUUUUUUUUUGGGGGGGGGGGGGGGGGGGUUCAUGCAAAUGUGCAAAUUUGGAUAUAUGAACAAUUGAUGGUUGACAUGGCGAAAGAGGCUCGGAUAGAGUACUUGAUGUAUGAUAAUUCAUGUGUGCAUGUUAUUAUUUACUGAAAUUAUUGUCCUGUUGAAUUUA